CCACACGCACGCCCCCCCACGAGUCGCACUCGAGGUGGAUAAAAAGCGGGGCGUGCGUCCGAGGUCGGAUCAGUGCCGAAGGAACAGUGAACUCUACCUACCUUGCCUGCCUGUCUUGCGAGCGUACGCCACAUAACGGAGGAGGACACGAUGGCAUCCCCACGGGUCGGCGGUCUGUCGCAGGAACUGAAGCCUGCCGAUGCAACCGUGCAGGAAAUCUGCGAGAAGGUCCGCUCGGACGUUGAGAACAAGCUGGGCCAGACUUUCGCGGAGUUCACGCCCGUCAACUACAAGACUCAGGUCGUGAACGGCACCAACUACUUUAUCAAGGUUCGCGUUGGCUCCGACCAGUACGUCCAUGUCCGGGCCCACAAGAGCUUUCAAGGCGACGUCACCUUCGCCGCAGUCCAGGAAAACAAGUCGCUCGACGACGAAGUGGAGCACUUUGCCUGAGACCCAGUCCAGCAGUUCCAACACCGACUGUGCUCAUGAAGUUUGUCUCCGAAGCCAUGGACCGAACUUCUUUAGCUCGCGCUGAAUCAGUACCUUGCGCCGCGCCAUAAAA